AGGAAGCUUUUGAAGCUUGAUCUCUUUCACUAGUUUUUGGAUCCGCGUCUCCGGAGGUGCAUCUCCUGUUUCAAUGGCGAUGGUCUCGUCUCUGACGAGGAUCUGUUGCUUCCUGCUCCUCUUGAGCAUCGCCCGAUCCAAGACUGUGAAGCGAGACGUGAAAGCGUUGAAUGAGAUCAAAGCUUCUCUUGGCUGGAGAGUGGUUUAUGCAUGGGUUGGAGAUGAUCCUUGUGGAGAUGGUGACCUGCCUCCAUGGUCUGGUGUUACAUGUUCCCAACAAGGAGAUUACAGAGUUGUGACAGAACUAGAAGUUUAUGCGGUAUCUAUUGUUGGUCCUUUUCCUACUGCUGUUACAAAUCUUCUGGAUCUAACAAGGCUGGAUCUUCAUAAUAACAAGUUAACUGGGCCUAUUCCUCCACAAAUUGGAAGGCUGAAACACCUGAAAUCACUGAAUUUGAGAUGGAAUAAGCUGCAAGAUACCCUACCUCCUGAACUUGGUGAACUAAAGAAACUGACACAUUUGUACCUAAGCUUCAACAAUUUUAAAGGAGAAAUUCCAGUGGAGCUUGCAAAUUUACCGGAACUUCACUAUCUCUAUCUGCAUGAAAACCGGUUCACUGGAAAAAUCCCUCCGGAGUUGGGGAACCUUAAGAAUUUAAGACACUUGGAUCUUGGUAACAAUCACUUGACAGGGACACUAAGAGACUUCAUACGCAAUGGAGAUGGCUUUCCUUCUCUCCGCAAUUUAUACCUGAACAACAACUUACUGGGCGGUGGAUUACCCGAUCAGCUUGCGAAUUUGACCAAUCUAGAAAUAUUGUAUCUAUCAUACAACAAAAUGACUGGACCGGUGUCACCCAAACUUGCUCUAAUCCCAAGAUUAACAUAUUUGUACUUGGAUCAUAACUCAUUCAUCGGAAGGAUUCCUGAUGGAUUUUACAAGCACCCGUUCUUGAAAGAGUUGUACAUUGAAGGGAACCAAUUCAAGCCAGGAGUAAAGCCCAAAGGCACACACAAGAUGCUUGAAGCCUCCGAUUCGGAGUUUUUGUUCUAAAUCUCUAUGUUUUAUGUACCAUGUUUCAAUAAAUUUCUCCAAAAAAUAGCAUGUAUCGAGGAUAAAUUAAGCUUAUAGUUUCAAGUGAAGCAGCUUCUUGAAAUCAAAAGCAAGCUGUGUUUCCAAUGUACAUAUAUAUCAACAUAUAUUUGUUUGUUUCAAAUGUAUCACAUUCUUAAUGUCUACA